AUGGUACAAGGAAUCCGAAUCAAAAUGAUGGAGAAGGAUAUUGAAUUGGAUUCGCCGGACAAUAUGCUUGCCAAAAACUCCGUCAAAUCCGCCUUGUUGCUUCCCGAUGAUGCGGUCGUUUCGUUGUCGUACAAAGUAGAUGACCGCCAAAAAUUUUGUCGAAUGAAUGAAACUGGCACAACGUUUUUUCUUCCUGACGGUUGGCGAGAUUUGCAAUUCUUCGUCGAUUCGGUCAGAGCACCGUCUUGA